CACUUGAAAAGGAAGUAAUAGAGGAUAUCCCAGCAGUGGAAAUAGUUACAGAGGAACCCAAACAGGAAACUGAAGUAAGGGCUGAGCAAGAAGAAAAACUACCAAUGGAUGCUGCCAAAACUGAACAUGUUCAAGAACCAGAAGAGAGCAGUGGUCAGUCACUUGAAGAAGAGGUCAUAUCAGAGGACGUUCCAGAAGCAGAAACAAUUACAGAUGAACCUAAAGAGGAAAAAUUACUUCUCACUGAAGCCAAACUUGAGCCUGUGGAGGCUUCCAAAACUGAACAUGUUCAAGAACCAGAAGAGAGCAGUGGUCAGUCACUUGAAAAAGAGGUUGUAUCAGAGGACAUUCCAGUAGCAGAAACAAUUACAGAUGAACCAAAAGAGGAAACCAUACUUCUCACUGAAGUCAAGUUUGAGCCAGUGGAGGCUUCCCAAACUGAACAUGUUCAAGAACCAGGAGAAGUAUUAGAAGCUGUUCAAGCACCUGCAUUAGAUUCUGAGCUGAGCAGUGUUCAAUCACUUGAAAAAGUGUUAAUAUCAGAGGAUGUUCCAGAAGCAACAGUUACAGGAGAACUUAAAGGGGAAACAAUACUUCUCACUAAAGAAAACCUUGAGCCAGUGGAUGCUGCUAAAACUGAACAUGUUCAAGAACCAGAGUUAUUACAAGCUGUGGAAGCAGCCACAUUACAUUCAGAGGUGGGUAGCUGCCUAUCACUUGAAAAUAAAGUAAUAUCAGGGGAUAUCCCAGCAGUGUUAACAGUUACAGAGGAACCCAAACAGGAAACAGAAGUAAGGCUUGAGCCAGAAGAAAAACUACCAAUGGAUGCUGCCAAAACUGAACAUGUUCAAGAACCAGAAGGGGUCAGUGGUCAGUCACUUGAAGUAUUAGAAGCUAUGCAAGCAGCCACAUUCAUUUCAGGGGUUGAUAGCCUUCUAUUACUUAAAAAGGAAGUAAUAUCAGAGGAUAUUCCAGCGGUGGAAACUGUUACAAAUGAACCCAAACAGGAAACUGAAGUGAGGGCUGAGCCAAAAGAAAAACUACCAAUGGAAACUGCCAAAACUGAACGUGUUAAUGAACCCGAAGUAUUAUUAUCUAAUGUCAAAGAAAUUGUAACUGAAAGCAAAACUGAGGAAGGGACAUCAUUGUAUGUGCAUAUAGUCACAGAAAGUAUUGAGAGAGAUUCUGCUAAGGAACUUGAAAAGCAAAUAUUGUUGAAAGAUGUUUCCAAAACAGACAAUGUCAAUGUCAGUAUAGGUGAAAUUGAGAGUGAAGUUGUGGCACAACUGGAUCAGUCCUUAGAGAUAACAGAAGAUCAGAAAACAGUGAGCAUUACACAAGAUCUUGGUGUUGAGCAGGAAGACCGCAUCCCUAAAGACAAGUCACAAACCUUAACAGCAGUUUGUGUUUCCUCUGUUAAUGAGGAAGACAAUAAUGAUCUGGUCCUUAAAAAGACUAUAUUUAAUGAAGAAACCCCAGCACCUUGUGUAGACAAUGUUGCAGUUACAAAUAAACUCAAACAUGAAGUGCAUAUCAGUACAGUGCAAGUCAGUGUAGAGGUAGAAAAAGAAAGAGCAAUAAAGACUGCUGCAGUUGAGCAUGCUGUACAGGCGCAACUAGUCACAUGUAAUCUCAAAGAUGUCUCAGCUUCAACACCUGAUGAUCUGAUAGAGAAAACAUCAGCUGGUACUGAACACUUGGUAGAUAGAGGGACAAGUGAGCUAGUGUUGAAGGAGGAGACUGCCACACCAUUAGUGAAGGACGAGGACAAUCACAGAGUUCACGAGCAGGUGGUCGAUGUCAAUAUAAAAUCAGCCGAGACAGUUGUGGACACAGUGCAAGAGGUAGGGGUAACCAAAGAAGUACCUGAAUCAGUGGCUGAUAACUUGGAACAAGAAGCUAUAAAACAGCCAGAUGCUGUGACAGAAGUGAGUGAGAUGGUUGAAAGUGACAGAAAUGAAGUGGAGGAUCAAAAAGUUAUGGAGGAUAAUAUUGCAACAGUCAAAGAAAGACAAUAUGAAGCGCCUGCUGUCAUCAGCGAUGUCUCUGCAACUGAACAGCAAGUGUCUAAAGAUCUCAGGCAAACACCUGAUAUUCCAGGAAGUUUAGAUGUCUCUAUCCAGGAUCACAAAGAGGAUUUGGAGGAAACUAAAGCUAAACAGAAAAAAUCUGAAGCAGGUGUUACAUCAAAAGAGGUCAAAUCAUCAUCUGAGGAACUAAGUCCAAUUGUAACACUUGGUAACACUAAAUUAGCAGCCCCCCAAAAUACUGGAAUAAUCUCCUCAAUAGGUAAUGUGGAGUCCCCUUCAAGUCUUUCUUUUGAAUUCAAACUUAAUAUACAGUUUGGACAAGCAAAAGCCGCUUCCCCAUCAUCUACAACAGAGAGAAAUGAACCUGUGAAAAAGACAGAAGUGUCUGAAGUCAGAGUUCAGGCAGUAGAGGUAAAAGAACCCGUAAAGCCAAUAAAUCCAACACCAAGAGCUGAAAGCCAGAAACAGACAGAGAUAACAGAGGUUGCUGUUCAGACAACAGAACUAGUGGCAAACUUAGAUUCAACAGAAAGAGCUCUGAUUACAACUCAACCCGUACUGCUGGAUAUCGGAAUCCAAGCAAUAAAAACAGUUGAACCCAUAGAACAAAUCCGAUCAACAGAAAGACUAACCUCCAGUGUCCAGGCAACAGAAACAAUACAACCAGUAGGGCAAGCACAGAAAGGAGACAUGUUAAUGAGUCAGCCAGUACUCUCUGAAGCUUGUGAACAAGGAACAAAAGCAGAAAUGUCUGUUAAACAAAACGAGGAGGAAAAUGACCAGGAUGAGUGGAUGGAUGCAGAGGAAGACAUUUUCACUCAAGAGGAAACAGAGGUGUCUCUUCAUAAGGUGGAGGAAUCUCUUAAACUCCGGACAGAAAGAGAGCAAGUAGAAAAGGCAGGACUUGAAGAUGAGGUUGAAAUGGCUCCUAAUUCCAAAACUGAGGAAGAAGAAAGUCAACAGGAAAUGCACAAAGCAGUAGGAACAUGUGGAAUUGAGAGUGAUGAUGAAGAUUUUGCUUUUGCACUUGAGCAUUCUGAAACUCAAACUGCAUGCAUCACUACGAUGGAGCGGAAUUAAUUUCACUCAACUUCAGUGUCACUAACCGGUUGGACAAUCAAAAAGGAAGUCUCAAGUUUGUAAGAAGUUUUCAAAAAGCCAUUAAAGAGUAGCACUGGCAGUGGGGGAAGAACACAGGAAACAGCAUUAGUUGCUUUUAUUUGACGUCAUGUUCAACAAGAGAUUUACCAAUAUUUACUGUUGAAACUUGUCUUGAUUUCAGAGCUGCAAAGAUUAAUCAAUUAGUUGCCAACUGUUAACUUAAUCGCCAACUAUUUUGAUAAUCGAUAAAUCCAGUCUUAACAACAAAGAAAAAAGCAAAGAUUUUCUGAUUCCAGUUUUUUCAAUGUGAAUUUUUUUUUAAAAUUUAUUCACUUCUCUAUGACAGUAAAAAUAUUUGAGUUGUGGACAAAACAAGACAUGUGAUGACGUCAUCUUAGACUUUGAAAAACACUUUUUCACCAUUUUCUGACAUUUUCUAAACCAAACAAUUAAUCAAUUAUUUGAGAAAGUAAUCCACAUUUUUAUUAAUUCAAUCAAUUAAUCCACAAUGAAAAUAAUUGUUAGUUGCCGCCCUACUUGAUUUGUAAGCUUAUGUUAUCAUCAGUAGUAGUAAUAUAAUUAUUACAAAGUGUGUGAUUAAUGAGCUCUGGCAAGUCAACUAGAAAAGUGCUAGGCUUGGCUCAGGGGACAUGCGGUGUGAUUCUAGAGGUUUGACAGUUUACUACAUCCAUUUUACAAUGGUCUCUUUCAACAAAUCUAAUGAGUUGUUUGCUAUGUAGUGCAAUUUUGCAUUACUAAUCAUGUCAGAUCUUUAAUUAUAAAUCUUUUUUCAAAGAUUUAAAAGAUGAAUUUAUAUGUCAAAGAGAUUAAUACCAGUUUUGUGCUUCAAAUUCAUUUGUGAAUGAUUUCAAAAAUGUUCAUAAUGUGUAUGUGACCCAGGCACAUGACAAAUGUUCAUUUAUCUUGACACACAAGGAUGUUACGAGUAAGUUAGUAUAUGUAGCUAUUUCACAGCCUUUACUAUGUAUCAUCUUUGUUCAUAAAGCGUUAUAUCAUUCAUUUGUUUUAUUAUUUCAGCUAUGUCCCCACGGGAUGUAUGCAGGCAAAACUGGUGAAUAGACAUGAACUUACUAGUAUUACUGCAUAUUAUCUUGUACAUAAUGACUGUUUUAAUGCUUAUACAGGCAGAAAUUAUUUUUCAUCUACAAGCAUUUCUGCUGUGACAAGGUUAAAGAGCAUGGGAGCAUGGCAUUUCUUUGUUUAAAAAAAAAUAUAUAUAUUAAAUUACACAAUAUGUAAUUUGAAGUUAAAUUAAUCGUCACAUACAUAUUUAUCAUUAAUAUCAACUAUACUCAGCAGAGCCUUAAAUAAAGAUGGCAGCUUAACCCAUCCUGUUUAUUUCCCAGCAGUUUGUGUGUAAGCCUCAGUGAUCUUUUAGGUGAUGACAGGCUGUUGUGUCAGCUGUUUGCCCCCCCCCCUCCACAUAUACAGUGGCUUGAGAAAGUUUACACACCCAUGCUAAAGUUGAUUAAAAAUUUGAAUAAAAAAAAAAAGAAAGAAAGGGAAAUCCAACCUUUUAAGGACAGCAAUUUUCUUUGUGAAUGAAUAAUGUAUUGGAAUUAAAAUAGCCCCCCAUCAUCACAUACCCUUCACCAUACCUAGAGAUAGGCAUGGGGAACUUUCCAUAAGAUCAUCUCUCAAUGCAAAAAAGCUAACUGAAAUAAAACCCUGCUAAGGGAACCUUAUCAGGAUGCACAGUAUCCUGAUCCAUGUAAUAACUGACCUUUAAAAAUAAAAAUGUGCCUGUCUCUAUGGGAAUUUAACAUAGGGGUGUGUAUACUUAUGCCCCCUGUAUUUUAAGGGAGAACCUUUAUUUAUUUACAUUAUUCAUUCACAAAGAAAAUUGGUGUCCUUAAAAUGUUGGAUUUUCCUUUUUUUUUUUAAAAGAUCUAUUUCCAAAAGAUUUUUUUUUUUUAAUUUCUCUUUUUAAAUCAACUUUAGCCUGGAUGUGUAAACUUUCACAAGCCCCUGUAUAUAUACACACACACACUACAUUAUAUUUACUUUUAUGGAAAAUUCUUGCUGAUCUGUGAUGUUAACUAAUAACAAAAUACAUAUGAUAAACCUGAGUUAUAUGUUUAUAUAUUUACCAAAUAAAGUAUUAUUUUAUUUGAAUAAAUUCAUACCUGUAUAUUUCAA